AAACUUAACCAACCAAAACAUAAUUAUAACUCUAUACACCAUGGAUAACGAAGACGAUACUAAGUCGUCCACAAAAUCAUCCACAAAAUCAUCAUCUAAAGAUGCUGAAGACACUUCCAAGACAUCUACAAAGCCAUUAUCCAAAGGCACUGAUUCGGAUGCUGAAGACGCAUCCAAGACGUCUACAAAGUCAUCGACAAAACCAUCAUCCAAAGGUGUUGGUUCAGAUAAUGAAGACGCAUCCAAGACCUCUACAAAGUCAUCGACAAAGCCGUCAACCAAAGGUGCCGAUUCGGAUGCUGCAGACGCAUCCAAGACCUCUACAAAGUCAUCAACAAAACCGUCAUCCAAAGGUGCCGAUUUAGAUGCUGAAGAAGCAUCUAAGACGUCUACAAAGUCAUCGACAAAACCACCAUCCAAAGGUGCUGCUUCGGAUGCUGAAGACGCAACCAAGACAUCUACAAAGUCAUCGACAAAACCAUUAUCCAAAGGUGCCGCUUUGGAUGCUGAAAACGCAUCCAAGACCUCUACAAAGUCAUCGACAAAGCCGUCAUCCAAAAGUGCCGAUUCGGAAGUUGAAGACGCAUCCAAGGCGUCUACAAAGUCAUCGACAAAACCAUCAUCCAAAGGUGCUGAUUCAGAUAAUGAAGACGCAUCCAAGACGUCUACAAAGUCAUCGACAAAGCCAUCAUCCAAAGGUGCUGGUUCGGAUAAUGAAGAUGGUCAAACCAAGACGUCCACAAAGUCAUCGACAAAGCCAUCAUCCAAAGGUACUGGUUCGGAUGAUGAAGCCAAGACAUCCACAAAGUCAUCAACAAAGCCGUCAUCUCAGGGUGCUAAAGAUGCCGCAAAGUCAACAGCAAAGUCGUCAUCCGGCGGUGGUGGUAAGGAGUCAGACAAAGUCGAAAUCAGCGAGAGAAAAUCAGGCAAGUCCUCAGGAGGGGCCCACUCUGAGAAUAAGGAAGAGGUGCCAUCGACUAAAGAGAUCAUGAGCAGCGCGAAGUUGGUGGCGUCGGCAGCGCAGGGGGAGAAUGUGGAGAAGGCCGAGUUAGCGGGGGCUGCGAGCAACCUUCUCGGCGCGGCCAAUCACUACGGCAAGCUUGAGCAAUCGGGGUUUGGCAAGUAUUUGGAUAAGGCUGAGGAUAUGCUCCGUAAGAUGGCCAAGAAGUCUGAUUCUGAGUCCGACACUGGUGACGAUAAGACUAAGAAGUCUGGUGUUGGUGACAGUAAGACUAAGAAGUCUGGCGCCGGUGACAGUAAGACUAAGAAGUCCGGUGCUAGUGACGGUGAAGGUGAUGAGGACAAGCCGAAAAAAAAAUCAGAGAAGAAGCCAGCUGCCAAAAAUGAUGAGGAAGAAGGUGGUGGUGGUGGGUUUGGAGAUAUCUUGAAGAUGGCUAAAGGUUUCUUGAAGGCCCCCUGCAUGGCUCCCAACAAAGUCGAGUGAUAUUAUUUGCUUGGACCACCACGUGGUAGUCUGAGACCGCAGAAUAAUUUCUCUAAUUCUACUGCUUUGUGUUUAAUUAGGCGCAUAUGGGCCUAUUGCUGGCCUCUGCUUGUUGUCUUGUAAUUUGGGCAUGCGCUUCGGCCUGCAAAAAAAAAAGUGACUUGACCACAACAAAUGUUGUAUAUUGUAAACUUGUAAGAGGUUAAUGUAUGUUAGAUUAAUAAUGAGGAGUACUCUAUGUGACACCUAUGCCA